GCUGGUGGUUUUCCUGCCUGCCCUUUGUUGAAAGAUGGGGGUGCCCUACUGCAUCAUCAAGGGAAAGGCCAGGCUGGGGCGCCUGGUCCACAAGAAGACGUGCACCACUGUUGCCUUCACACAGGUUAACUCGGAAGACAAGGGUGCUCUGGCUAAGAAGGUGGAAGCUAUUAGGACCAAUCAUAAUGACAGAUACGAUGAGAUCCGCCACCACUCGGGAGGCACCGUCCUGGGUCCUAAGUCUGUGGCUCGCAUUGCCAAGCUGGAAAAGGCAAAGGCUAAAGAAUUCGCCACUAAACUGGGUUAAAUGUACACUUAAGUUUUCUGUACAUAAAUAUAAU